AUGAAAUUGCUACCAUCGCUUUUGGUGGGUGUAUUGGUUUUUACAAUCACUACCAGAUUUACGGAAUGCGCUGACCCCACAACAAAAGCCCCAGACGCAGGUUCUCCAACACCUGCUCCAGGAGGAGGAUCUCCAACUCCUGCUCCAUCAGGAGGAUCUCCUACACCAGCUCCAGCAGAUGGAUCACCAACACCAGCUCCAGGUGCAGGAUCUCCAGCGCCAGCACCUGGUAGUCCCUCACCAGGGCCUCCUGUGGGUUCUUCACCAGUAACUCCUGGUGGCACUGCAGCAUUACUGCCACCAGGAGUUACUGGUGAAGAACCCGCAGGAGGCCCUGGUGCGGGACUACCAGGUGCUGGUGCUGGGGAUACUCCAGCUGGAGUUGGAGUUGGUGAUCCAUCUGCUGGAGCAGCAGUUGGAGAUCCACCUGCUGGAGCUUGA